GUCGGUCCAUCCUCCGGGAACAGAAUCGCUUUUGGUGCCUUCAUCGCCCUGCUCCUCCUCUCUUGUACCAUAUACCCUUUUCUGCCACAACUUAUCCGGCCAUUAUUCUUAACCCCCCUCUCCCCCUCCCCAAAUUCAAACCCUUGCCUACUCCAUAUCCACACAACCUAUGGCGUUCUUCAACAAGAUCAAGGCUGUGGUGCAGACUGAGGGUGCACGUGGUAUUCGGCAGGCCCUACAGAAGGAGGGCACCAAGCGGUUUGCGCAGGAUCUCUCGGCCAAUCUGGCGGUUGAAACCCUUUCCUUUUGCGAGACAAGACGGUAUGGACUGCCAGCUCUCAUCUCUGCCAUGGCUGUCGACCCUGUUCAGAGUCUCCUCGCCUGCGGCACGUUCAAGGGUGCAAUUGCAGUAACAGGAGCACCAGAAUUGGCAGGCUAUCUCGAGCUCGAGGAGGCAGUCUCCGUCAAGAUGAUGGCCUUCCAACCAGGCUCUCCCGUUCUCAUAGUCAUCGACGCGAAGAAUGCCAUCACAGUCUUUGAUCUCAUCAAGAGGCAGCGCCUCUUUGUCAGGAAUGCGCGCAAUAUCGUCACCUGCAUGGAGCUCCUCUCCGGAUCCAACUGGCUCUUCCACGGAUUAAAAGACGGCACGAUCGACGUCUUUGAUGUGUACAGAGGCCAGGCAGUACCCUAUAGGAUCCCCAACACUUUACCCGAAGGAGGGAGACACUCUAUGGUGAUCUCGAUCCAGACACAUCCUAAAGACAAUAACCAACUGUUGAUCGCGUAUAACACCGGAGUGGCGCUCUGGAACCUCAAACUGAAGUCAGUCAUCCGUACCUUCAUCUACGAGAUCCCUCCUGGGGCCAUGGGAGGGAUUGUAGCUCCGGAUGGAAUGUUUGGCAUCAACGAAAGCCGAUAUCCUCAUGUCACCGUGAUCUCUUGGCGGCCAGACGGAUUGGGCUUUGUCAGUGGCUACGACGACGGAUGCUUUGUGUUCUGGGAUAUUCGGCAGGAGAGACCUGUUCUGGCGAGGACCAUUCAUGAAUUGCAGGUCAACGUUCCAGGGAUCAGGCCUGUCUUUGAACGAGAUUCUGCGCAGUUUGUACCGAUCUACCAACUCUCUUGGUGCUUGCACGAGAAUAAACAGGACACCACGCUCAUAGUCGGAGGCGGAACGAGCUCGAUCGACAUGUACGGAUUACACCUCUUUGAAUUCCCUGCCAAACCAGACUACCGCAGCCCUAAACGUCAACACAUGCUGUCAAUGGAAUCAGAUAUCCUGGAUUUUAUCGUCCUUCCUCGAGAUUCACCCUGGUUCAACGGCGCGUUCGAUCCCGUGUCCAUUCUCGUGCUUACGAACCGCGGCGGCGUGAAGUCGUUCAGCUUUGAUGCAUCAUAUGCCCCACAAACUGUCCCUUCGGCUCUUUCCUUCGUGGAACCGAGAUUGGUGAGUGCCAAAGUGUACGGACAUCUGCCUCAGGAUAUCUACGACCGAUUAGUCUACGGUCACGACAUCAGCCACCACCAAAGAUCAGCCAAAGUAGCAAGGAUACCCCUUCGUGGAAUACAGGUCGCGGCGAUGGACGAGUCCCGACUCUGUCGAGACAUUUUGGUCACUGCUCAUGCAGACAAGAGCAUUCGCUUCUGGGAGGCAGCAUCCCUUCAACCUCUACGCCAUCUCACUGUUGAACUCGAACCGCUAUUCUUCAAGAACCAAGGAACGAUCGUGGAGUUUGAGUUUUCAGUUCAUAGCCAGGUCCUGGCUGUGGGGUUCUCGAAUGGAAACUGGAUCUAUGGACAUCUUUCUACGUACGUGGAUGUGUCGCGGCAGCCGAGUGUUGCCAGGACUAUGCCCGGAUCGCCUGUGGAUGAUGCUUUGGCAACAAGCCUGAAGGAGGCUAUGAAUAUCAAUGGUCACGACAACGCAAUUGGACAUGAACAUGUCCAGUCUCUCCAACCCAUUCCAGAUCAAAUGCCAACCCAAUCACCCCGGCAUCAAACUCCUACCGUUCAGGAGCCAGAACCGCAGCCCGGUAAUGUGAUGACUAUGCCUUCACCACCCCCGCACCAAGUUUCGGGACAUAUUGGUACAUCACAAAUCGCUCCACCUGCAGCCCCGAAGCGAUCAGAUACCGGUCUCUCCGACACCGGAUCCCUAAUGCCGAACGAGGAGGAUCUAGAUUAUCUGGUCCCACAUUCUCCAGUCGAUCCUGUCAAGCUGCGCGAUGAGCCCCCAGGCGGAUUAAAUCCCAUGUCCUCGCCUCCUGACCGAGCGCCAUCGCCAUCGCUUCCACCACGUCCAGCAUUCACGGAGGCCUCGCUCCCUAACGGAUCCGAGUUCUUGUCGGUGUUCCUGUCGACUCUGCACAUGGGAUCGAUCAACCAGAUUGCAGUAUCUGGAUGCGGGCUCAUCGCGGUAUCGGACGAGUUUUACACUCUUAGCAUUACAGACAGUCGGUCAGGAAAAGUGCUGCAUGUUGAAGACCUGAAGGUGGUGAUGUUGGAUCGCGACAGGAGUGCCAAUGUGAACGAUGACAACAGCACCCACCAAUACGAAUCCGAUACCUCAUCUCAGCCCACCCAUGGAGGCCACUCAACCGUCGAUCCUCAGACUCUCCAGCGCGUGGGUGUAGUCAUCACCACCCUCCAAUUCGUGGUCUCCACCACGAGUGACCAGGACAAGAUGCCGUCGUUGUUACUCCUCGCUGGAUCGAACAACGGCAUCUACAUGAUCUUUGCUAUCUCUCCUCCAGACUACAACCCAUCGCAACUUCAACAAUUCCGCCGUGUGAGAAAGGUGGAGACAUUCCAGACCAAGGAGCAGUACGCGUCAAUUCAUACCUCCAUCAUCAAUGUCCUCUCCCCAUCCGAGACCACAGCCGCCACUGCUGCUGCUGCAACGCAGUCCACUCCGAGCGUCUCGACCGUAUCCACAGCAGCGACCAGCAGCACCAUAUUCACAUCGCUCACGCAAGCCUCUGGAUCCUACGACCUCGCCAACCAGCCACAUCCUCCAGUACCACCACCCAAGUCACACAGCCCGUCUUUGUCUCCAAGACGAUCAGAGGACGAUCCUGGAUACGCUCAGGGUCAUCGAUCCUCCCCACCCGAGUCCUCCAUUGGUAGUGGAACCGCAAAGCCAUCUUUGUAUACGACCUUGAAGGAAGUUCAAGGAAAAGUCAUGAACAAGGCCCAGCAACGUCUCAAUUACCUCGUCUGCGUCUCCGAAUACGGUAUCCGUCUGCACAUGAACUGCACCUCCCGCCGUAUCCACAAGCUCGAUCUCCUCUCCAGCACCGGAACUGAGCUCACCAAUAACAACAACAAUAACACAACAGGUAUCUUUGCCGCCAAAGUCGGAAAGAUCAUGGCUGCGAAUGUCAUCUACCACGCUGGCGCCUGCUGCAUCCUCUGUAUCACCGAAUCCGGCCGAAUCAUCCUCUUCAGCGUCCCCAAACUCGAACCUAUCCCCUUACCCGUCCCCGGUGGAGAACUCUUCCUCCCCAUCGUACUCGAACCAGAGAGGUUGCGUGAGAGUAUCAUCUUACCAGACGGACGGAUCUUGGUCCCGAUCCUGAAGUACGAAUGGAGGAUGUAUAGUCUUUGGGGACAUGAUCGGUGGAUCCAGACAAGACAAGGGUGGAAGCAGGAACGGUCUGCGGAGGCGGCGAUGUUUUUGCAGUUGUAUGAUCAUGGGAUCCAGAUCCCGCCUAGGCCCUCGAAUGCGGCUGCUUCCGCGGCGGCUUCGCAUGGCGGCGCUUUAGGUUGGUUUGGGCUGGGUCAGUCAGCGGCCGAGGAGUCACCGAGUCAGGAAGAUCUGGAUGAGCUUUUGGGCGGAGAACACUACAGAGCCGAGAACCCGAUCCUGAAACGCGCCGGUGUCCAAGGCCCGCCGGGCACGAGACCUUCACCUCCGCCAAAGGACGGUGGUGCUGCUCCCCCCUCAGGUCUUGCGGGCAUGAUGGGCGAUACACUCCAGACCCUCGACGAGCGCGGCAAACGACUGGGCGAGCUUGGUGACAAGACUGCGGAGAUGAAUGUCGCCAGCAACGACUUCUUGGCAGCCGCUCGGGAAUUGAAUGCUAGGAACGCGAAUAAGAAGUGGUAUGAGUUCUAGGGUGGACGAGGCU